AGGAAAGGAGGAAAAGCAAGAGGAGGAGGAGGAGGAGGAGGGGGGGUGUAAAAACGAGCGAGGCAAGACGCCGAAGGAUGUAAGGGGGGAUGCGGGUGUUUUGCAGCGGUGGGAUCGCCUCUACAGCUCCAGCGCAGGGUGUGAAUUCAGCACCAGGGGAGAGGGGAGAGCUCCCCGACGCCGCAACGCGCAGCACGAGCUGAGCAGGAGAGAGAGAUAGAGAGAGAGAGAGAGGAGAGGAGAAGAGAGGAGAAAAAAAAGGCACGGAUUUGUUCCAUUUUUGUCUGCCAAGGUCAGUCUUAGACGAAGUGAACAAAAGAGAGAGAAAGAGAGGAGAAAGAUGUGCUGGACUGUGUCGCUCCCUCUUUUUGAUUUGUAUCCGAAACGCGCGGAGGCUGCGAGGAUUCGGUCGUGAAAGAGACGCUUAUGUGGUCAUUUUCAAACUGGAAGUCUGGACCCAAGUGCAGGUUAGAUGCAGCAUGGAUGUGCUCUAAAAGACUGCCUUUAUCCUCUCCCUUAAAUGUCUUUUUUGGCUUCUUCUUCUUCUCCCUCCUCUUCUUCUUCUUCUGUAUCGAUGUAGACUGAAUUCACAGCUCGUAUGUCUUGAAGCCGGGAAUGAAUUGUCCACGUUAAAAAAAUGCUGCUUUGGAUUGUUCUGCUGAAUGCGGCUCUUUGUGUUGCUAGUGGAAAUGUUACAAGGGACGUUUGUAAGGAGCAGAUAUGCUCUUGCAACGAGAUCGAGGGUGAUCUGCACAUAGACUGCGAAAAAAGGAGCUUCACCACCCUGCAGCAUUUGACUGGCCCGAGCUCGCAGUUUUACCACUUGCUGUUGCACGGGAAUUCUCUAUCCAGGCUAUUUCCCAACGAGUUCGCCAACUUUUACAAUGCUGUGAGCCUGCAUUUGGAAAACAAUGGCUUGCACGACAUUGUCCCCGGCGCGUUUCUGGGAUUGCAGCUGGUGAAAAGGCUGCACAUCAAUAACAAUAAGAUCAGAUCAUUCAGGAAGAGUACAUUUCUGGGGUUAGACGACUUGGAAUAUCUCCAAGCUGAUUUUAAUCUAUUGAGGGAUAUUGACCCCGCCGUUUUCAGGGACCUAAAUAAACUUGAAGUGUUAAUACUUAACGACAACCUCAUCAGUGCGCUACCUAUAAACGUGUUUCAACAUGUGCCCAUUACGCAUCUCGACCUGCGGGGGAACCGAAUCAAAACGUUGCCUUAUGAGGGGAUCCUUGAGCAGAUACCGGGCAUUGCGGAGGUUUUAUUGGAGGACAACCCGUGGGACUGUAACUGCGACCUGGUUUCUCUUAAGGAAUGGCUGGAGAACAUACCGCAUAACGCACUUAUUGGGAGGGUGAUAUGCGAGGCACCCACCCGGCUGCAAGGGGGCGACUUAAACGAGACGUCAGAAGCGGAUCUGUGUCCUUCAGAGAACCCCGGAGUGGACACCAGCCUGGUCGCCCCUCCCACACAGGAGGAGAUCUCAGAAUCCCGUGGCCCCCAUCCCACGCCUUACAAGCCCAACGGAGACGCCAGCGGGCCCCCGACGCCUGGCGGACACCACGGUGCCAAGAGUCGCUCCAAAUCUCGUGAGAACUGGCAGCUGAAAACGAGGCCAACUCCCGUGCUGACAGGUGUGAACGGGGACAGGGAGCAGCAGCAGCUGCACAACGUGACGUGCCCUCAGCCGUGCAACUGCAAGCUGGUCGGUUCCAGACAGGGGCUUGGGGUCAACUGCGAGGGCAAAAAGAUCGAGAGCCUGUCCAGCCUCAAACCCAAACCCCUCAGUGCGCACGAGUUGAACAUGAGAGAUAACAACAUCCAUGCAGUGAAAAAGAACCAGCUGCUCGGCUACUCCAGCCUCAACCUGCUAGAUCUGGGAGGGAACAACAUCAAGGUGAUUGACAACAGCACUUUCCAGAACCAGAGCGAGCUCAGGUGGCUGUAUAUGGAUAAGAACUAUCUGGAUACUCUGAUAGCAGAGAUGUUCGUGGGCCUCGUGAAUCUGGAAUAUCUCAGUUUGGAAUACAACGACAUCCAGCUGAUAGCGGCAGGUGCGUUCAGCCCCAUGCCCAACCUGAGGGUUCUGUUCCUCAACAACAACCUGCUGAAAUCUUUACCUGUGGAUGCUUUCCUUGGGAUUUCUUUGUCCAAAAUCAGCCUGCAUAAUAAUUACUUCCCCUAUCUCCCCGUGGCUGGCGUGUUAGACCAGCUCAACUCAAUCAUACAGAUCGAUUUGCACGGGAACCCGUGGGAUUGCUCGUGCAACAUCGUGCCCUUCAAGCAGUGGACGGAGAAGUUGGGGGCCGACGUGAUCGUGAGCGACCUCAAGUGCGAGUCCCCCGAAGAGUUCUGGAAACGCGAUUUCCGCUACGUCCGGAACGACCUCAUGUGCCGCAAACUCUACGACAAAGUCCCCCCAACCCCGCUGUCCAAAAACAGCACUUUCACCCAGGACUCGGGGACGCGCCCGAACUCUUAUUUGGAGCCGAACAGGGUCUCCAUCUCGGUGCUCGUCCCCGGGUUGCUGUUGGUGUUUGUCACGUCCGCUUUCACUGUCGUAGGGAUGCUUGUGUUUAUUUUGAGGAAUCGAAAGAGGUCAAAGAGGAGGGACGGGAACUCUUCGGCCUCGGAGAUCAAUUCCUUACAGACAGUGUGUGACUCGUCUUAUUGGCACAGCGGGCCUUAUAACGCAGACGGGGGCGCGCACCGGGGAUUCGACUGCAGCACGCACCUCUCCACGACAAAUGACGCGUAAAAAAAAAAGGGGGACUCUUUGCUGUAAGUCUAGAAUAAAACCCUCUACACACCAGACUGGAUUACAAACAGUCACACAGGACAGACUGACGCACAGAAAUGACUCAGAAAAAAA